CCACACUUUGUGCUGAACAUUCUGUAGGGGUAGGAACAGGCCUGUACGAUGAAGAGCUGUGUGCUUGCCCUACUUUUGGUCGCGUCGGCGCGGGCGAUGCCCGCCCUGGACAAGGACUCAAACGACCCUGGUCUAGUCGGCAGCGUCAUUGGCGUGGUCAAAGAGUGCUCCGAAGGCGACGUAUCCUUGUGCCUGAAGGAGAAGGCAUUGAAAUAUGUGGAGAGUUUGUCUUCUGCACGAGAGAUGUCGUUGACUGACGGUGUUACGCUGCUUGGUACCGGGUCUCCUAGGUCUGCGAGAGCUUUGGAGCCCUUGUCUGAGGAACCUAAGGCGAGAGAAGUGCAGGUGGAGUCAAGACUGGUGGAUUCAGCAGCUGACUUCUUGGAAAACCAUGUGAUCCAGUUCAGACUUCCCUCGUCUACUGUUGAGGGCAUGAAGAGGUCUCUUGAGGAAGCUCGUGGCAAGAAGAAGAAGAUCAAGCAACUGCUUCCUCUCCUGGCUCUCGCCAAGCUGAAGAUCACUGCCCUUAUCCCUCUGUUCCUCGGCAUCAUCGCCUUUGCCGCUGCCAAAGCCCUCCUAUUGGCCAAGGUUUCCCUCUUGGUCGCCGGUAUCAUCGCCUUGAAGAAACUCCUCGCCCACAAGCACCACGACACCACAUACGAAGUCGUUGCUCAUCCCCAUCAUGAGGAGCACUACGCGCCCAGCAGCGGCCACGGAUGGGGACGGUCCAUCGAAGACGCCCAGAACCUAGCGUACGGCGCCCACGUUAAGUCUGACUAAGCGAUCACCCUCGAUUCCUCAAGGCCCGACCUGGGACCGCUCUUAUAAAUAUUUGUCAUAGUCAACCGAAUAGACAACGACUAUUUAUUUCUAGUUAAGAUUAUUUAUUAAAUAUUUAUUCGAAAUCCCUUUGUAAGGGAUUGUACCGGACGAGAUUGUUUGUAUUAUUGUUGUGUUUUCAUAA